CAAACCAGUAACUCACUCUCUAAAGAAGUGUAGGUGGGAGGAGAGAUUCGCGUUCAAAUUCUUUUUGACUCUACCCAGUUUCCGUAGCUCCUUAGCCCGCUCGAGUUUCAAUGCGCGUUGUUGCUGGACGAAGCUGAAUCCCAUAUACCGCUCGCUGCUCCUCGGAUCAUGGCUUCUCCGAGUUCUUUCACCUACUAUUGCCCUCAGUCCUCCUCCCCUGUCUGGCCAGAAACGCUGCACAGUCUGAGGCCCGAACACGCGCGGGAGCGGUUGCAAGACGACUCGGUGGAAACAGUCACGUCCAUAGAACAGGCCAAAGUAGAAGAAAAGAUCCAGGAAAUCUUCAAUUCUUACAAGUUCAACCACCUUGUACCGAGGCUUAUUUUGCAGAGGGAGAAGCACUUCCAUUAUCUGAAAAGAGGCCUUCGACAACUGACUGAUGCCUACGAGUGUCUGGAUGCCAGCCGCCCAUGGCUCUGCUACUGGAUCCUGCACAGCUUGGAGCUCCUGGACGAGCCUAUUCCCCAAAUAGUGGCCACAGAUGUGUGUCAGUUCCUGGAGCUGUGUCAAAGCCCAGACGGUGGCUUUGGAGGGGGCCCUGGUCAGCACCCGCACCUUGCACCCACAUAUGCAGCUGUCAAUGCACUGUGUAUCAUCGGCACAGAGGAGGCGUACGACAUCAUUAACAGAGAGAAGCUUCUCCAGUACUUGUACUCGCUGAAGCAGCCUGACGGCUCUUUUCUCAUGCACGUUGGAGGUGAGGUGGACGCGAGAAGUGCAUACUGUGCCACCUCGGUGGCCUCUCUGACGAACAUCAUCACUCCAGACCUCUUUGAGGGCACUGCUGAAUGGAUAGCCAGGUGUCAGAACUGGGAAGGCGGUAUCGGUGGGGUGCCAGGGAUGGAAGCACAUGGCGGCUACACUUUCUGUGGCCUGGCUGCACUGGUGAUCCUCCAGAAAGAACGCUGCUUGAACUUGAAGAGCUUACUGCACUGGGUAACAAGCCGGCAGAUGAGAUUUGAAGGUGGAUUUCAGGGCCGCUGCAACAAGCUGGUGGAUGGCUGCUACUCCUUCUGGCAGGCCGGGCUCCUAACGCUGCUCCACCGUGCACUGCAUGCUCAAGGCGACCCAGCCCUCGGCAUGAGCCACUGGAUGUUCCACCAGAAGGCCCUGCAGGAGUACCUGCUCAUGUGCUGCCAGUGCCCCGCGGGAGGCCUUCUGGACAAGCCCGGCAAGUCUCGAGACUUCUACCACACCUGCUACUGCCUGAGCGGCCUGUCCAUCGCCCAGCACUUCGGCAGCGGAGCCAUGCUGCAUGACGUGGUGGUGGGGGCGCCCGAGAACGCUCUGCAGCCCACACACCCCGUAUACAACAUUGGACCAGACAAGGUGAUCCAGGCCACCACGCACUUCCUGCAGAAGCCGGUCCCUGGCUUCAAGGAGCCUGAAGAUGAGGGGACAGCAGAGACUCCACGUGACUAGAGGGUGCAUGCCGAGCUCUGUGCUCCCCACCUCCCCACUCAGACAAGGCUUUAUGUUUCGGUACAUAGUGCAUCUGUGCUCCACAAGCCUUAGCCACUGUGGAGCUGUGGCUUUCUUCAUCCUCCCUGUUAAAACAAAGCCACUGGCUCUAGCUUUGGAGGAAACAGUGGCGUGGAUUUUAAACUUCUUUUCAUCCCUAUCAAACCAAAACCUGUCCACACGCCUGUGCAGUGAGGUGGGGAGCAGCCCCUCCCGCCAGCCCUCCAGCCUGGAUGGUCACACAGAAACAGAUGGUGUCUUGAGUGUCACAGCAUGCAAGGCCACUGCUGUGACUCCCAUCUGCACGGCAGUGUUAAGUCACCAGGGGAGACCCCCCUCCCAGGGUGGAAAUCAGGCUGCUUCAUCCCAUGGUGUGGGGCCUUGGUGCCCAUAAAGGCUACGUUGGGGCUGAUUUAGGAAGUGCUUCUGCCUCUCACCUUCCACCCUAGUCCUUUGCAAGAGAUAGGAGCUGGGGAUGGAGGGGCAGAUGUCUCCUUGAGUUGAGAAUCAUUCCCCUGCAGACUGGAGAUCUGAGCCAGGUGCCUCUCUAAACCUGAGCUUGGGCACAGGCAAGAUUUGCUUCAGCCCAGGUGUGGUGACUUAGACCCAGGAGAGCAAGUAUGAGUAGAAAUGUACCUCUGGUUCCACUCUGUGCCAGAGGAGGCAGCCCCCAUGCCCAGCCCUGCCCUCUGUGUACCAGUGAAUGUCCUCCGAUGUCCUCAGGGCAGCGCCUGCAACCAGGGCCCUUCUGCGUGUUUCCAUCUUUCUCUCGCCAGAUUCUCAGAACACCUUCCUCCAAGCAGUGUUGUCUUUCACACCCAGAGUAUUAACACUACUAAGUCUUUCACCUUAAUUUAUGACUCAGGAUUCAUUCUCAUCCUGCCCACUCUAGACUCAGAGAUGUCAAAUCAAGUGCUAGACCAGCCAGCUGCCGGGGGCAGUGUCUGGACGUGCUGUGGCCUCCGCUGCCUCCUGCACUGAGCCCUUGCAUGGUCAGGGGGGUGCUGAGCUUGGUCAUCGUACACGGCUGCGGCAAGUUCCACGUCACUGUCCCUGCCUUCAUGUGAGCACCGUGGACUGCAGGCAGACGGGCGCUCAGAGGUGCAGCAUGAGGCUCUUUUCAAAACAACUGGCCACUCGCUGCCUCGAACUCCCUCUUGCUUUGGCGCACUGGCCUAUGUGUUACCUCCUUGAAAU